CCGCCACUGAGGGAGCCUCGCUUGGAGGAGGAGGAGAAAGCAGGGCUCGGGAGAGCGCCGCUCGCCUGGACUGCCGCAGGUCCCUUCCUCGCCUCGGACCUGUUCGCCCGGCGGCGCCUCUGCCUCCUCCUCCUCCUCCUCCUCCUCGCCACCGCGCCCUCCUUUUCUCCUCCUCCUCCUCUUCUUCUUCUGGCUUCACCGCAAUGGGCUGUCGGCGAGCCGUGAGGGACUCGCCAUCCAUGUGAGGAAGGGCGCGAGACGGAGGCAAUGAUUUGAAAGAUCUUCAGCUUGGAGAGGUAAUUUCAAAGAACAGGCUGCCUUCUGGAAGAAUGCUGUGAAACUAUUUGCCUACAGUAGCAAUUUGAAAUAGAGGUUAAAUAUCCACUUAAGUGUGAUUAAUUUCAUAAUAAGUAGUACCUCACAUCAUAAUAAAAAUGUAUGGAAGUGCAAGAACAAUCAGUAACCUGGAAGGGAGUCCUGCCAGAUCUCCUCGUUUGCCAAGAUCUCCUCGUCUGGGCCAUAGGAGAACAAGUAGUGGAGGAGGUGGAGGAACAGGUAAGACAUUAUCUAUGGAGAAUAUCCAGUCACUUAAUGCCGCCUAUGCAACAUCUGGACCAAUGUAUCUGAGUGAUCAUGAAGGUGUGGCAUCCACAACUUUCCCAAAGGGCACAAUGACUCUUGGAAGGGCUACAAAUCGAGCUGUAUAUGGUGGUCGUGUUACAGCUAUGGGAAGCAGUCCCAAUAUUGCUUCUGCUGGCCUUUCCCAUUCAGAUCUCCUUUCCUAUACUGAUCAGCAUGGAGGACUGACCACUGCUUCACAUCAUCAUCAUCAUCAGAUCCCUUCUAUGCUGAGACAGGUAAGAGACAGCACCAUGCUAGAUCUACAAGCUCAGCUUAAGGAGUUACAAAGAGAGAAUGAACUUCUCAGGAAAGAACUGGACAUCAAGGACAGUAAGCUCGGCUCUUCCAUGAAUAGCAUCAAAACCUUUUGGAGUCCUGAGCUAAAAAAGGAAAGAGUUUUGAGGAAAGAAGAAGCAGCCAGAAUGUCUGUCCUGAAAGAGCAAAUGAGGGUUUCUCAUGAAGAGAACCAGUUUUUGGAUGCCAGGAAAACUAAGCAUCUUCAGCUAACUAUUCAGGCAUUGCAAGAUGAACUUCGAACUCAGAGAGACCUCAACCAUUUACUUCAGCAAGAAAGUGGAAACCGAGGUGCUGAACAUUUUACCAUUGAGCUUACAGAGGAGAAUUUUCGAAGGCUUCAAGCUGAACAUGACAGACAGGCAAAAGAACUGUUUCUCUUGAGGAAAACCUUGGAAGAAAUGGAACUGAGAAUUGAAACCCAGAAACAGACACUAAAUGCCAGAGAUGAAUCUAUCAAAAAGCUUCUAGAAAUGUUGCAAAGCAAGGGGUUGCCAUCCAAAGGAAUGGAUGAUGAUAACGAACGAACUCGAAGGAUGGCUGAGGCUGAAUCUCAGGUUAACCAUUUAGAAGUGAUUUUAGACCAGAAGGAGAAGGAAAAUAUACAUCUUAGAGAGGAACUGCACAGAAGGACCCAACUCCAGCCUGAGCCAGCAAAGACGAAGGCUCUUCAGACAGUCAUAGAGAUGAAGAGAGAACCAUCUUUCUGUAUUGAUCCAGCUGUGGUAUUUCAGGAUACAAAAAUAGCUUCACUGGAACGUAAUAUCAGAGACCUUGAAGAUGAAAUACAGAUGCUGAAGACAAAUGGAGUUUUGAAUACAGAAGAUCGGGAAGAGGAAAUCAAACAAAUAGAGGUUUACAAGAGUCACUCGAAGUUCAUGAAAAAUAAGAUUGACCAGCUGAAGCAGGAGCUUUCAAAGAAAGAGUCAGAACUUCUUGCUUUACAAACUAAGCUUGAAACACUUAGCAAUCAGAAUUCAGAUUGCAAGCAACACAUUGAAGUGCUUAAAGAGUCGCUUACUGCCAAAGAACAGAGAGCUGCCAUACUUCAGACAGAGGUUGAUGCCUUGAGAUUACGUUUAGAAGAAAAAGAAAGUUUUCUUAAUAAAAAAACCAAACAACUGCAAGACCUCACCGAAGAAAAGGGAACUCUGGCUGGAGAAAUUCGAGAUAUGAAAGACAUGUUAGAAGUCAAAGAACGAAAAAUCAACGUUCUUCAAAAAAAGAUUGAAAACCUCCAAGAGCAACUUAGGGAUAAAGACAAACAACUAACCAAUUUGAAAGACCGAGUGAAAUCAUUGCAGACGGAUUCGAGUAACACAGACACUGCUCUAGCAACAUUAGAAGAAGCUUUGUCAGAAAAGGAGAGAAUUAUCGAGCGAUUAAAGGAACAGAGGGAGAGAGAUGACCGUGAAAGGAUGGAAGAAAUUGAAUCUUUUAAAAAAGAAAAUAAAGAUUUGAAGGAAAAAGUUAAUGCCUUGCAAGCAGAGUUAACAGAAAAAGAGUCUAGCUUAAUUGACCUCAAAGAACAUGCAUCAUCAUUGGCUUCGGCAGGGCUGAAAAGAGACUCCAAAUUAAAGUCUUUAGAAAUAGCCAUAGAGCAAAAGAAGGAGGAGUGUAGUAAGCUAGAAGCACAACUGAAAAAGCAAGCUGAACAGUUGUUCAAUCAGAUGUACAAUCCAAUGCCAAUUAGGAAUAAUGGGAAACAAGGGGCUCAUGAAGCUGAGGAGGAAGCAAGAAUGAACCCUGAAUUUGCUGACAGACUGAAGCAGCUUGACAAAGAGGCGGGCUAUUACAGAGAAGAAUGUGGCAAAGCUCAAGCUGAAGUUGAUAGGCUUCUAGAAAUCCUGAAGGAAGUAGAAAAUGAAAAAAAUGACAAAGAUAAGAAAAUUGCUGAACUAGAAAGCUUGACUUCCAGACAUAUGAAGGAUCAAAACAAGAAGGUGGCCAAUCUGAAGCACAAUCAACAAAUGGAAAAGAAGAAGAAUGCCCAGUUGCUUGAAGAAGUCCGUAGACGUGAAGAUAAUAUGACAGACAACGCUCAGCACUUGCAGUUAGAAGAACUAAGGAAUGCGCUGGAUAAGACCAGGCAAGAACUGGAAGCCACCAAAGCACGGCUUGCCUCAACACAACAGUCUUUGGGUGAGAAAGAAGCACAUUUGGCCAAUUUAAGAAUAGAACGGAGAAAACAGUUGGAAGAAAUACUGGAAAUGAAACAGGAAGCACUACUUGCUGCCAUCAGCGAAAAAGAUGCAAACAUUGCCUUGCUCGAACUGUCUGCCUCAAAGAAAAAGAAAACUCAAGAAGAAGUGAUGGCUUUGAAAAGAGAAAAAGACAGAUUAGUCCAUCAGUUAAAACAACAGACACAGAACAGGAUGAAACUGAUGGCCGACAAUUAUGAUGAUGAUCAUCACCACUACCAUCACCAUCACCACCACCAUCACCACAGAUCUCCUGGGAGGACACAGCACUCAAAUCAUAGACCCUCUCCAGAACAGGAUGAUGAGGAGGGUAUAUGGGCAUAACCGGUUCCUAUAAACCAAAGUUCCAGUUUUGUUUUGAGGGGUGA